GCCCCGCCGUGACCUCAGCGCGCCUCACGUGGUGCAGGUGCGGCCCCCGCCCCGCCGCUCCCGGCGCUCCCUCCCUCCGUUCCCUCCGCGCCCCGCGGAUGCGCUGGAGCCUCCGCGCCCCCGCAGACUUGGAUCGUCUGGCUAAUAAACAAACAUGAGUCAUCUGAAGUUGUUUGCAGCUACGCUGAAGAGGCAUGGCUUUAAACUUCUGGAAAAUCAGGAUAUAGCCAGAAGGGCAUUUUUACAUGGCCAACGGUAUGCUUCAUCAGGAACCUCAGAGUCAGUCCUGAGUGGGAGUAAUUCCAAUUACAUGGAGGAAAUGUACUGUGCAUGGCUUGAAAACCCUGAAAGUGUACAUAAGUCCUGGGAUGUGUUUUUCCGGAGCGCUGCCGCUGGCCAGGCAGCCCAGCAGGCAGGGAAGGGCUCGUUCCUGCAGAGCCACGGGCUGGCCCCCACACCCACCACGGCUGAGAAGGUUGUGGAGGACCACCUUGCUGUGCAGUCCUUGAUAAGGGCAUACCAGAUCCGUGGCCAUCACGUGGCUCAGCUAGAUCCCCUUGGAAUUCUGGAUGCAGAUUUGGAUUCCUUUAUUCCAUCUGACCUUAUCACCACAAUUGAUAAACUCGGGUUUUAUGGUUUGCACGAAUCAGAUUUGGACAAAGUCUUUCAGCUGCCAACAACCACCUUCAUAGGAGGAAAUGAGAACAGUCUGUCCUUGCGAGAGAUCAUCAAGCGCCUGGAGCACACCUACUGCCAGCACAUUGGCCUGGAGUUUAUGUUCAUCAACGAUGUGGAGCAGUGCCAGUGGAUCCGUCAGAAGUUUGAGACGCCGGGAGUUAUGAAGUUCAGCAACGACGACAAGAGGACUUUGCUGGCAAGGCUGGUGCGCUCCAUGAGAUUUGAAGAUUUCCUUGCUCGCAAGUGGUCUUCUGAAAAGAGAUUUGGUUUGGAAGGAUGUGAAGUAAUGAUUCCUGCACUUAAGACCAUCAUUGAUAAAUCCAGUGAAAUGGGAAUUGAAUAUGUUAUAAUGGGAAUGCCUCAUAGAGGUCGGCUGAAUGUGUUGGCUAAUGUAAUCAGAAAAGAGCUGGAGCAGAUCUUCUGUCAGUUUGAUCCCAAACUUGAAGCAGCUGAUGAGGGAUCUGGGGAUGUAAAAUACCACCUGGGAAUGUACCAUGAGAGGAUCAACCGAAAAACAAACAAGAAAAUCACUCUGUCCCUCAUGGCUAACCCUUCUCACUUGGAAGCAGUUGUUCCUGUUGUGCAAGGCAAAACAAAAGCUGAACAGUUUUAUCGAGGAGAUACAGCAGGGAAAAAGGUUAUGUCCAUAUUAUUACACGGGGAUGCUGCCUUUGCAGGACAAGGAGUGGUUUAUGAGACAUUUCAUCUCAGUGACCUCCCAUCCUACACCACAAAUGGCACUAUCCAUGUUGUGGUCAACAACCAGAUUGGCUUCACCACAGACCCACGUAUGGCCCGUUCCUCUCCGUACCCCACGGACGUUGCUCGCGUGGUCAAUGCUCCCAUUUUCCACGUGAAUGCUGAUGACCCUGAGGCAGUGGUGUACGUGUGCAGUGUAGCUGCAGAGUGGAGAAACACCUUCAACAAGGAUGUGGUUGUUGACUUGGUUUGUUACCGUAGGAGAGGGCACAAUGAAAUGGAUGAGCCCAUGUUCACCCAGCCUCUGAUGUACAAGCAGAUCCAUAAGCAGGUGCCAGUGCUGAAGAAAUAUGCUGACAAACUGAUUGCAGAUGGGACUGUGACACUGCAGGAGUUUGAGGAAGAAAUUGCAAAGUAUGACAAAAUAUGUGAAGAAGCAUAUACUAGAUCUAAGGAUAAUAAGAUCCUUCAUAUCAAGCACUGGCUGGAUUCACCUUGGCCUGGUUUCUUUAACCCGGACGGGGAGCCCAAGAGCAUGUCCUGUCCCCCGACCGGCAUCUCGGAGGAGCUGCUCACUCACAUCGGCAACGUCGCCAGCUCAGUGCCCGUGGAGGACUUCAAAAUACACUCGGGACUCUCUCGGAUUUUGAAAGCGCGCGCAGAGAUGACGGAGAACAGGCUUGUUGACUGGGCCCUAGCAGAGUACAUGGCUUUUGGCUCUGUCCUCAAAGAGGGGAUCCACGUCCGACUGAGUGGCCAGGAUGUGGAGAGAGGUACUUUCAGCCACCGUCACCAUGUGCUUCAUGAUCAAGAUGUUGACAAGAGAAUUUGUGUUCCCAUGAACCACCUGUGGGAGCAGCAGGCCCCCUACACCGUGUGCAACAGCUCCCUCUCCGAGUACGGGGUCCUGGGUUUUGAGCUUGGCUUCGCUAUGGCGAGUCCCAACGCGCUGGUGUGCUGGGAGGCCCAGUUUGGGGACUUCCACAACACGGCCCAGUGCAUCAUCGACCAGUUCAUCAGCUCCGGCCAGGCCAAGUGGGUUCGGCACAACGGGAUCGUGCUGCUGCUGCCGCACGGCAUGGAGGGAAUGGGUCCAGAGCAUUCAUCAGCCAGGCCUGAGAGGUUUCUGCAGAUGAGCAAUGAUGAUUCUGAUGCCUAUCCAGAGUUCACUGAGCAUUUUGAAGUUUCCCAGCUGUAUGACUGCAACUGGAUUGUGGUGAAUUGUUCCACUCCAGCCAAUUACUUCCAUGUCCUCCGAAGGCAGAUCUUGCUGCCAUUCAGAAAGCCGCUGAUUGUUUUGACACCCAAGUCACUGCUGAGGCAUCCAGAAGCUAAAUCCAGUUUUGAUGAAAUGGUAUCUGGUACCAGUUUCCAACGUGUGAUUCCUGAGAAUGGGCCAGCAGCUGAGGAACCACAUGAGGUCAAGCGCGUGAUUCUCUGCACAGGAAAAGUCUACUAUGACCUUGUGAAAGAGAGAAAGAACCAAGACCUGGAGAAACAAGUAGCUAUAACCAGACUUGAACAGAUCUCACCAUUCCCCUUUGACUUGGUGAAAGAAGAGCUUGAGAAGUAUCCAACUGCUGAUCUGGUCUGGUGUCAGGAGGAGCACAAAAACAGCGGCUAUUACGAUUACGUCAGACCUCGUUUCCGCACUAUUGUCAACCGCACUCGACCCAUCUGGUAUGUUGGCCGAGAACCUGCUGCUGCAGCUGCCACAGGCAACAAGAACACUCAUCUGGUGUCACUCAGAAGGUUCUUGGAUACAGCUUUCAACCUGGAGGCCUUUGAGGGAAAGACAUUCUAACUGCAGGGCCCUGACCUGUCUCUGACUGCAGGGGACAUCCAGUCUGGAUGUCUGGUAGUCUCUCAAAACAUUGCAUCCAAAAGGAAAGUGGGGAGAAUACUGGAAAACAUGUAUUUUUUGCUUUACCAAAUAAAAGGAUCCUGCAGCUGA